AUGGCAGGACAGUCGCACAACGCUUACCCUCGAUCACCAAACCUCGAUGCCCGCUCCUAUGGAUCGUCAUCUGUCUCGUCUGCCGCCUCGCCAAAUCCUGUGCAGCGGCAGUACCUUGGAGACGUGAUGGGCUCGUCGAGGGUCGACCUGGCGGCGGCGGCGGCGGCGGCGGCGACGGCGAGCGGUCUUCCGCCACCGCCACCGCAGAACGCCGCCAGCCCUGAUCCCAGUCCCGGCUCCGGUCCCGGCUCCGGCGGUUACCCGACGUACGCGCCCAUGUCGUCGGGCUCCGCGUUCGGACGAGACUCGAUAGCGUCGACCGAGUCUCCGACCGGCACGCCCGGCCCGUCGCACGCGCACCUGGCUGGCGGGGGCGCGGGGACGCCGGGGAGCUCGGCCGGCGGCGGCGGCUCCUCGCUGUCGCAGAAGCGGGCGUACCGCCAGAGGAGGAAGGACCCCAGCUGCGACGCCUGCCGCGAGCGAAAGGUCAAGUGCGACGCCACCGAGACGGCCAGCUGCUCCGAGUGCUCCAGCCGGAACGUCAAGUGCCAGUUCACAAAGGAGACGAACCGCCGCAUGUCGUCCAUCAAGCAGGUCCAGGAUCUCGAAAAGCAGGUCUACCAAGUCCGCAAGGAGAACUCGACGCUGCGCCGGAGGCUGGAGGGCAGGGGGCUCACCGCCGCCGGCGGCGGCGGCGGUAGCGUCGCCGGCGACACCAUGGACCUCGCCGACUCGGAGCCGCCACCGCCCGACGAGAUGGCCGCCUCCCUGACCCUGCAGCUGCCGGCCGUGGGUGCGGACCCGAAGCGCACCCAGCGGCCCGCGCCCGUCCCCGGCCUGUCGCCGGCGACCAGGCACGGCCUGCGCGACUACUCCAGGGGCGUCUUCAAGCCGCCCGCGCAGCACCGUCCGCCGCCGCCGUCGCACAUGCUCUUCGACCCGCCACGCCCGGACCUGCCGCGCCGUGAGACGGCCGAGCACCUCCUGCUCGCGUACUACCGCCUCGCCCACCCCAUGUUCCCCAUGAUCCACUGGCCGACGUUCCAGGCCUCCGUCGACCGCAUGUACGCCGCCGGCGCCGGCGCCGGCGCCGCGACGAACCCGGCUCGAGGGGUCCCCUCCGGCUUCCUGGCCAUGUUCUUCGCCGUCCUGGCCGCCGGCAGCCUGUUCACGCCCGAGGAGCCCACCGGCGGCACCUCGUUCUACCGGCCCGCCGACCUCCUAGAGGCCGCGAGGGCCACGAUGGAUCCCUGGGCCAACGAGUGCGACCUGGACGUGGCCCGCGCGACGGUCCUGACGGCCAUGUGCCUCAACGAGAUGAACCUCCGGACGGCGGCGGGCCGCGCCGUCGCCGCCGCCGUCCGCAUGGGCCAGGACCUGGGCCUGCAUACCGAGACGGGUCCGUGGCCGGUCAUCGAGGGCGAGAUGCGUCGCCGCACGUGGUGGGCGACCUACAUACUCGAUCGGGCCGUGGCCUCGGAGCUGGGGGUGCCACCGCUCAUCAACGACGCCGACGCCGACGUGUCGCUGCCGGUCGGCGUGGACGACCAGUACAUCCGGCCGGACGGCAUGCUCGUGCCCGCCGACGCCCAGCCGCUGACGCACUCCCUCCUGGCCGUCAUCCACGUGGUGCGCUGCUACUCCGCCCUGUUCGCCGCCCUCUCCGAGCCCGUCGUGCCCCAACACCGCAUCGCCGCCUUCGAGCACCACAUGGGCCGCUGCCUCGAGUCGUCCUUCCCGCCCCAGUGCUACCCGACCAGCCAACUCUCGCUGGCGCCGCACUUCCUCGGCCCUCUGGCCUACCUGCUCCACGCCCGCAUGCUCCUCCACCGCCACAACCUGGGGACCCGCGCCCCGCCCCCCGCCCGCCUCCUCGCCGUCGAGGCCUGCACCCACGUCGCCCUCGACACGGCCGUGCUCGUCCAGCGGGCCGCCACCAGCGCCGCCGACCCCUGCGUCGCCACCUCCCUCCUCGCCACCCACCUCUUCCGCUGCACCCUCUUCCUCCUCCUGACCGGCUACAUCGACCAGGCGGCCGCGUGCAUCCGCCUGCUCGCCUCCACGAGCACGAGGCGCGACGUCGCCGUCCCCUGCGGCCGGUACCUGACCAUGUUCGUCUCGGUCCUGAAGCCCAAGCGCGCCGAGCACGUCGACUACGUCCAGCGCAACUACCCCGCCUCGCUGCGCACUCCGCAGGACCACCACGCCGCCCUCCUCCAGUCCCUCGCCUCCGACGAGGACAUCCUGGCCCUGGUCAGCUCCGACCUCCAGGCCAGCCUGGACCACAGCUGGGCCUGGUCCGAGCACGGCAGUACCCCCGCCGCUGCUGCCGCUGCCGCCACCGCCGCACCGACAGCCGGCGGCGGCGGCAGCAAUACCGGCAGCGGCAUCGCCUCCUCGAGCCUGUACAGUUCCGAGGCGAGGACCGGCCUGUCGCCCAACGACAUGAGGAACUGGGGAGGCUGGGCAAGGCUGGAAGCCGCCGUCCUCGCGCUAGCCAGCAACGCGACACCGACCAGCGCAACGUCCCUGUCUUCGGCGGCGGCAGCUGUCACUGCCCCGCCGGGCUCUUCGUGGUCCGCCCUCCCGCCUUCCAGACCGCCGUCUGCCCCCGAAUUGCCGCGUAUCUCGGGUGUGCCGCGGUACGCGACUGCCUCGCCGGCUUCCAGAAUGGUGGUCGAACCGAGCAGUACGUCUGGCAAUCCUCCGGGCGCAACCGACUUCCCCUCAAAGAGGGGGACUGAUCGGUUGAGCAUUGCCAAUAUUAUCUAA